GGCCCCCGCACGGGGAUGCAGCCCAACGCCGCCAAGGCGUCCACGGCGUCCACGGCGUCCACGGCGUCCGCCUCGCACCCGGGGUGUGGCUGCCUGAGCCACCCCGCCAUCAACCCCAUCACCGUGACGGUGUCGAUGACGACGGGUGGUCAGUUCACGUUACAAGUAGAUCAGUUGGAAAGUGUGGAAACCCUCAAGAAAAUGGCUUCCAAGAAGCUAAGAGUGCCCAAGGAACGGAUAUGCCUUUUGUACAGAGACAGACAACUUUCCGGCGGGACUUUAAUAGACCACCUGAUUGUCAACGGCAGUCGCAUCACUCUGCUGCCCAACGUGGAAACGGGACUGCUGGCUCAGCGCCCGGAGCAGAGUGUGAUGCAGGCGCUGGAGAGUUUGAAUGACGGCCAGGUGAACGACUUCCUAUCUGGCAAGGCGCCGCUCAAUCUGACGAUGCGUUUCGGCGACCACAUGAUGCUGAUCCAGCUGCAGCUGUCCACCGUGUCGCCGCAGGUGUCACGGACUCGCGCCUCUGCGGGGUCGUCGUCGACGUCGAGCGCGUCCAGCCGGGUCGUGCCCGGCUCCUCCACCUCGUCGUCCACGUCCUCGGGCUCUGCGUCGUCGGCGUCGCGGCCCAUGAGGUCGGCCGGCACGCGGCGUAGCGCCGUCCCCGCGGGGCUCGUCCCCAAGACGGCGGCCUCGUCGUCCGCCUCGUCGUCGGCGUCGCCCGUGGCCUCCGCCACGCGGUCGAUGCCCGGCGACGCCCUCUCGUCGCCGUCGGUCGGGCAGCCUAUGGGCCCGCCCGCCAACCCACCUCCGUCUUCGUCUUCGCCGGCGCGGUCCGCGGGGGGCAGCCCGACGGCCUCCACCUCCUCCUCCUCGUCGCCACCCGCCAGCCCCACGGCGGCCGCGGCGGCCACGGCGUCGGGCCCCUCCUCGCCCUCACCCCUGCCCGACCCCCUGGCCUCGCUGCCUAGUCCGCACGCGUGCGAGGCCUUGUUCUCGCAGCUCGUGGACUCGGCCACGCAGGCCAUGAACCGCGGGGAGCGCCAGGCCUCGGCCGCGGCCUCGGCUUGCAAUGUGACUGAAAACGGCAGGCGUCCUCUUUUCCGCGCCAGUGACACGAACUGCAGGACCAGUGACGAGUCGAAAAGUGAGAAAGUGUGUCCCUCUGCCUCUACCCCUUCCCCCUCCGCCCCCGCCUCCCCGAAGCAGGGCGCUUCGGCGCCCGUCGCCCGCAAGGUGGUGAUCCGGCCUGCCACGUUCCUCGCCAGCGAGUCGGCGUCGGCGUCCUCCAGCACGUCGACGUGCACGACGUGCACCUCCACCUGCAUGCCCAUCUGCUCCACGCAGGUGCACCCGACGCGGUCCACGUCGCCCAUGCCGUCGACCUCCCCCUCCACCACCAGUACGCCGGUCGCCAAGGGCGCCGUGCCGUGCCCCGAAGACAGCACGUCGGCGACGUGCACCUGCGAGGCCUCGCUGGCGUCGCGGUGCCCCAUGGCCUACCGCCAGGAGACGCGGGUGCACACGCGGGCGCUGGCCGAGGCGUCGAGGAACCUCAUGCAGACCCUCAAGCAGCUGUCGUCGGAGGUGAUGACCAACAGAGAGGAGGAGGACACUGCGGCAGCGCGGCGCCGCCAGGGAGCUAUCAUAGAGAGUAUGCACAGUCAUGGGAAAGGGGUGUACUCGGGUACAUUUUCGGGGACCUUAAAUCCAGCCCUCCAAGACCGUUUCGGACGGCCAAAGCGUGAUAUUAGUACUGUCAUACACAUAUUGAAUGACCUACUGUGUGCGACGCCGCAGUACAGACGGUCCUACCCGGGUCUACCUCAGAGCAACUUCGUUCUUGAAUCGAGCACGUCUAUUACCACUACCACUAGCCCAGGGGAAACCAUUGAUGCACAGUCAGCACCUUCACCAACCUCAGACGACGCCGAGAACCAGGCCACGCGCGGCAAGGUGGAGCGCCUACGCCUGGUCAUGGAGGAGAGGCGGGAGCGGAGGCGGGCGCGCCGAGAGGCGCGGCACUCGCCCUACGGGCCCUCGCAGCCGCAGCACUGGACGGCCAAGUCGGAGACGCAGCCCGCGGGGAAGGGCGAGGCCAUGGACACGGACCAGCCGCUGUGUGAUAUCAGCCCCCCUGAGCCAGUCGUCGCCUGAACUGACCCUCCCCCGUCUAGCCUAGCCUCCCCUCCCCUCCCCGACCCUUACCAAUGUGACUUGUGAGUGUAGCAGCGCAGCAGCGCCGUGUGGUGUUGCUGAUAGGAAUGCAAUGCCCUUUUGACUUUAUCUCCAGACUGUGUAUACAAAGUUUUAUCAAAUUCCAAAUUGUCUCUAUUACUGUGAAACAGUUGACUUUGUUGUUGCGUUAUCACAGACGUACUUGCUUGAUUGAGUUAUUGUAAUGUACACGUAAGGGAUAGAUAUACUAUAAAAUAUUAUAUAUAUAUAUAUGUAAACAUACAGCCACUACCAUGGCUGAGCCUCUAGUUUAGCAAAAGUAUCAACUUCUAGUGAGCUGCAUCUUAUUGAUGCACUAAUUAGUUGUUUGUUGAGGGCUAUAAUAUUAUCAAUUGUUUGUAGUCAAUAUUAAUUGAAUGGACUUAUUCAGGUCUUCAAAAUCCCACCAAUGACCAUUGUUUAAGUGUAAUUUAUAUUCCUCAUUUACGUGUGUGCUACUGCAAGACACUCUUUUUCAUUGCAAGACUCAUGCUGCCGUAAUUAUAUGUGAAGUAAAAGAUAUGUUUGCGCUGUGACUUUUUUUUUAUUUCUAUUCAGUGCAAGCUGCACAGAUCCUAGUUUUGUUGGUUGUUGUUUCCUCUAUGUUGUAAAAUGUUUUAAUUGUUUAUUAUUUUUACUCGUUCUUUUCCCUUUCUCCUUUUGCUAAAGGAAUUGGAAGAAAAAGUGCAUGUUGUAGUUCCAUCUCUUACUACACACUCUUCACAUGUUAAACUGAGAGAACUUUUCACUUGAGCUCCAAAUAUCUCUCUUUGUAAAAAAUUUGCCUGUAACUCUGGACUGAAAUAGUCAGAGAGCAAAAGGAAAAUCCUGAAUGGUUUCUUUUUUCACUCAUUUUCACUGGGCGAUACUGAAGAGUAAGGGUGAAGAAUGAGUACUUUCUGUUAAUUCCAAUUUCUAUUGGCAUUAAUUUUGUCUUCUUGUUUCUUGUGUGAAAAAUGGUGUGCCUAAGUUUUGGACCCUUAAGUCUAUUUUCUGUUUGGUAAAUUUGUUUCCAUUCUUUGUUCACAUAGUAUAUCAAAUUUGUGAUUUUAAUGAAUAAUUUGUUUUACCAAUAAUUGGUGUGUCAACAAGCAAGAUGCCAUCUUUACAUCAUGCUAUUCAUCAUCCCUGAUACAACUCAGCUAUAGCACCCCUGUACUAUGUUAUUUGAGUUGUUUGUACUGAGCUCUGUGGGUUGUCCUUCCCCUACCACUUCCCUCCCCUCCAUCUUGUGUAUCAUAUUUCUUACUGUGUUAUAUUAUUCAUUACAAAUAAAGUUAAAUGCAAGCAUUGAA